CAGGCGAGGCAAGACGCAUCUCAAACAAGCCUAUAGAGUCGUCUGCUCUAUUAGCUAUGGUUCUCGUGGUAUUUUGAUGUCAUACACCGAUCGUUCUGCGCAGCGCCGAUGCAUCUCAAACAAGCCUAGCAUACAGUGCUCGUUCUGUCUCACGUUUGUUCCGUCAUAAACUUACGUCAUCAUUUCCGUGUCCGUACAUUGAGAUUAAUAUUGUAAGGAUUUUAUCCGCUUUCUGCGUUAUUCCAGUGGUUUCAAUGCACUUUUAAAAUGUGUGGAUAACAAACAUUAUGACAGGAUCUCCCACUUGAAAACAAAAUGUAGAACAUAGACUAUUCUUGAAUGCAGUUAUCUGCUGUAGCUAAGUACAAUUUAUCAUUCUGUAGCCUACCAAGCAUGGAGGUGUUUACGAUGGCUGUGCUAUGACAUCAGUGUGACUCAGGUUUGGUGCACUGCUUGGCAAUGCGAUGACAGGAUGCUCGGAUUGGGUUACAAAUGGAAAGUCGUUGUGGGACGUCAACACUUCAACACCUUGGCAAGUGACAGUCGCAGGAAAUCACAUAAUUUUGACUUGUGCAUGACGACGUUUCUGUAAAAUAAGAUUUGUGGGUAUGGAGGAGAGUACUAAGGAGCUGAGGGAGGAUUGGUCCUUGUUCCUCUGGACGACGGUUGCUGUUCUGGUGCUCAUCACACUGUGGUGCAGCUUCCAGCGUCCUAAACGCAAAGUUCAGCUUAAAGAUCUGUUCCGAAAGAGCAAACACGGCUGGCACUACACGGAUCUGUUCAACAAGCCCACCUACUGCUGCGUGUGUUCUCAGCCCAUCCUGCAGGGGGCGUUCUGUGACUGCUGCGGCAUAUGUGCGGAUGAACAGUGCAUACAGAGGGCAGAUCGCACCCUCUCGUGUAAGGAGAUCAUGACACAGAGACAGACAGAUGGGAGGUUUUACCAUCAAUGGGUCAGGGGAAAUGUGCCUCUCGCCAGCUACUGUGCCCAGUGCAAACAGCAAUGCGGGACUCAACCUAAACUUUGCGACUAUAGGUGUGUGUGGUGUCAGACCACAGUGCAUGAUGACUGCCUUUCUAGUCUGAAUGAUGAUCUGUGUGAUCUUGGAGAGUUCCGCUCUGUUAUCAUACCUCCAUAUUACCUCUAUCAAGUCAACAAGCUCCGCCAAAGACACCCUGAUGAAUACAGUAAGCUUGCUGCAGGGUUUGGGAGCGGCUGGACUCCAGUUCUGGUCUUGGCAAACACAAGAAGUGGCAACAACAUGGGAGAAGUUUUGCUGGGAGAAUUUCGUACCCUUCUGAACCCUGUGCAGGUGUUUGAUCUCUCUGAGCUGCCCCCCUCUAAAGCCCUGCAGCUGUGUACUCUUCUGCCCCCGGGCAGCGUGCAUGUUCUGGUGUGUGGGGGAGAUGGCACAGUAGGCUGGGUUCUGGAUGCUAUUGAUAACAUGAAGCUGAAGGGUCAGGAUCAGUUUAUUCCUCUUGUGACUAUCCUUCCAUUGGGAACAGGAAAUGAUUUAGCAAACUCUUUAGGAUGGGGAGCAGGAUAUGCUGGAGAGAUUCCAGUAGAACAGGUGCUCAGGAAUGUUCUAGAGGCUGAGGUAGUCAAAAUGGACAGGUGGAAAGUUCAAGUUGUCUCCAAAGGAAACUAUUUUCGUAAGCCAAAGGUAUUGUCGAUGAAUAAUUAUUUCUCAGUGGGUCCUGAUGCUCUCAUGGCAUUGAACUUCCAUGCGCACAGAGAGAAAACGCCCUCCUUUUUCUCCAGCCGAAUCAUCAAUAAGGCAGUAUAUUUCCUCUAUGGUACCAAAGAUUGUUUAGUGCAGGAAUGUAAAGACCUGGAUAAGAGGAUUGAGCUGGAGCUGGAUGGAGAGCAAGUGAAUUUGCCCAGUCUGGAGGGGAUAAUAGUGUGCAAUAUCGGCUACUGGGGCGGUGGCUGUAGACUGUGGGAGGGAAUGGGAGAUGAACCCUAUCCUCCAACACGUGUGGAUGAUGGUUUAUUAGAGGUGGUGGGGGUGUAUGGUUCGUUCCACUGUGCACAGAUCCAGGUGAAACUGGCUAAUCCUGUGAGGCUGGGACAGGCACAUACAGUACGGCUUGUGUUGAAGAGUUCUCGGAUGCCAAUGCAGGUGGAUGGAGAGCCAUGGGCACAGGGUCCAUGCACCAUCACCAUUACCCAUAAGACCCAGGCUCUCAUGCUGUACCACAGUGCAGAACAGACAGAUGAUGAUGACUCCAGCACCUCAGAGUGUGAAGAACCCUCAGCUGAUCACACUGACAUGACUGGCAACACACAGGAAACAGUGACAGAGACUUAGUAAGGCUGUAAUCACUCUGUCUGUGCUAUUUCUAUCCCAGAAAGUAGCACAGCAUGAAAGGAAGACACCAUGAUGUGUAAAUGUCUGAUGUUAUAAACAUAAAUGUACGUAAUGUGCAUGUGCUGCUCAAGUAAUAACAUCUGCAUUGGUUAUUUCUGAGUUUAAAAUCCCCUUCUCUCUCAAGCACAUCUUGAAGAUGUUUGUCUCUGACAUUGGUUUUGUAGAUUUGCGUGCAUAGUUUUUAUUUAUUUUUUUCCUGCAAGGGAGUACUACCCAGAAGCUCUAAGAAGUGGCUCAGGUUUUUGCAAUUUAGACCACAAUGGAAUCAUAUUCAGCUGUUAGCAGAGCUCAGGCAAUCAUAAAACAAAAUUCAGUCCAGUGGAGAAUGUUACAAACAAAGCUGCUUAGACACAAAUGUUCAGAAAUCUUUUAUUUGAGUUGUAUAAAUUAAGCUGUAAAAUAGUUUUAUUUAGGACAUUAUGUUUUGUUACUCCUUUUGUGAAACACAUUUGCACUGCUUGAAUCUAGAGUAGAUUGAAUAGAAUGGAUUUGCCAUUGAUAUCUUAUUAUUUUGCAACUAUUCAACUGGUGUUAUUGAUUUUGAUUGAGUAUAUAUACUUUCAGUGUUUCAGAGCACUGGAUUAAGAUAUCAUUCUUUAUUUUGCUAUUUGAAAUUGUAUUGUUUUAUUCAUAGUUUAUUUUCUCCACUUUUCCAUAGAGAUGUGUUAUGUUUUUAUGCAUCCUGCUUGAGUAAAAUUUACUAUGCCUAGAAUAUAACCAUCCAAUAGGCUUUCAAUAUUUUCUUUAGUCCCUCUCUUUGCAAGUCUUUCUGCUUUAAGUUUAAUUGGAGCAUAAGAACGGUAAUGUUCUUGAAAAACUAAGCCAGGAUAGAAUAGAAGAACAGCUUUAGGGGUGGUAAUAUGUCAUACAUUUCAUAUAGCCAUAUCUACAUCUAUGCACAUGACAAGCACAUGACAUUUUCUCCCUGAACUAAUGUCACCUCUCCUUGCAGGAGUUGCACAUAUUAUCCAUUAAAGCCUUGUUUGUUAAAUCUGAGGUUUUGCUGAUGUAAGGCCUUUGAGCAUUUUAUAUUUUGACUUAGUUCAUUUCAUAGUUAAUUUAAUGUACAGAAAGUGAUUUUUUUACUGGAAAAAUCUUACAGAUUCUUAAAGGGAUAGUUCACCCAAAGAUGAAAAUUAUG